AUGCUUGUCCCACCGCAAUUGUCUCCGGAAAUCCCGGGCUGUUCGCUGGCUUUCGGAGAUGCGUACGAUUGGACAUCGAUAAGAGUUGCUCUUGAAGCGACCCUUGCUUGGGUUAUUGCCUAUGAAUCUGGCAACUUCUGCCAGUGCAGACAGCCCAGGCGUGGCGAGGGGGAGUUGGUCACCGAGCUCAUGAUGGUGUUCAGGAACGGCAGGGUAAACGAGUCUGUUGAUGAUGAUGGCGAGUUUGAUGUCGUGGACUCUGAGGAUGAGGGGGUUGAUGUAGUUACUGCUGCUCCUGCCAUCUUCACUCUUCCCACUGUCACUGCUGCACCCACUGUCACCGCUGCACCCACCGUCGUUCCUCCUCCCACUGUCACUGCUCCUCCUGCUGUCGUCCCUCCUCCUGCUGUCACCACACUGGCGACUGCUGCACCCUUGAAUACUGUCAAACCAAAAAUGAGCAUAUGA